CCUCGAUGGGCCACUGGGCCGAACCCACCGCAAUUGGCCGGAUCCCUUUACCCCCACGCAGCUCCAUGGCCAGCGGUGACCCGUUCGCCGCCGCCGGGGACGUCACCGGCGACUCAUCCUCCUCCAGUCCAACCACCGCGCGUCUGCUGGAAGCACUCGCCGCUCUCUCCCAAGUGUUCGAGUCCGGCGAUCCUGCCUCCUCCGGCGCAGCCACCGCCGCCGUUGUAGAAAUAUUCGGCGGAAGCGCCGAUGCCGACGCGGGAGGCGAUGCCGCGCGGCCCGACACGGCUAACAUGGUCUCAGAGCAGCUGCUCCGCGAGGUUCACGCGUUCCUCUCGUGCCCGUCCUCGAACCAGAUGGCCAUAGACGCCCUCUCUCUAGAGCUUCCGAAACCUGUGGCGAAGUUGGGUGCUAGGAUGGGGAAUUGCCGGGACAUUGCCAAGACUAUCAUUGAGCUCCUCGUGUCAAAUUGCAACCCAAGAGACAUGCUCUCCAUCCUCUGUGAGGCAUUAGAUACACCACUAGCAUUUAAUGGGUCAGCAUACUUCGUCCUUAUACUUGAUAUGCUUGCGAGAGUGCUUAUUAUGAUUCAGAGGAGACAUAUCGAGCAAGUAAAGGUUGUACUUCCUGCUGUCCUUCGAGUUAUGCAUGCUAUUAUAUCAGAGUGUGAUGAGGAACAUGGAACAACUGCGGUUGAUCUGUUCAAUGCAGCACUCCAAAUCGGCAAUGCCAUUCAAGAAAUGUGCAAAACAAUGGUUAACCACAAGAAAGAAGAGCUAUGUUUGAUACUUGGUCUAUACUCCCUUCAGAACAUAGCCCUUAUAUCAGAAAGCAAACAUCAGCAUAUUCUCUCUGCUUGUGGUUCACUUGUUCUUCAGCAUUUCAAAAUUGUUACAUUUUGUGGAUUCACCUAUUUGGGUCUUUUAACUGGUAAUGAGGUGACCUCAGCCACCAACAAACUCUCUAAAGAAGAAGAUGCUGAUUUUCUGGGCUGCUUCUCUUUCACCGUGGAAGGCGCAAGUCUUCUAGCUGUCUGGACCUAUAUGCAUGAUGACAUGUCAAAAUAUGCUGGGGCAGAGUUGGAAUCUGCAAUUAAGGAAGUUCAGGACAACUAUAUCAGGAAAUGGGAAGCAAUUAACAUGUUUAGAUAUGUCUUGUCCUCAGUUAAUUACCCAUGGGUAAUCAAAUCUUAUAGUAUAGACUUAUUGUUGACUCUAGUUGAUGAAAAUUGUAUUGAGGAAACCAAGGAUCAUGAAGAUUUCCUAUAUUCUACUCAAUUUUUUGCCACACUCAAGGCCAUUGAAAGCGUCAUGAUAGCUGCCCCAGAUCCAUUGAUGCGGAAGAAAGCUUUUGCUACUUUGAAAAAGGUUAUUUCCGUGGUGCCAUCCUCUCAGAGAUUUGAUAUCUUACAGUCCCUCAUAAAGAAUAGUAUGUUUCCCUCCUUGACUGCAAUUCACUUGGAUCUGGUGAAAAACGAAGUUGUGAGAGAGAGUAGUCGAGCUAAGGACUUGAUUGAAUCUGAUCAAUCACAAGAUGCUGGGGAUUCACCACAUUGGGCUUCUCAAUCGCUUGAAUUAGUGGAGCUGAUCUUGAGGCCUCCUGAAGGUGGUCCUCCUUGUCUUCCUGAUCACAGUGAACAGGUAUUAUCUGCUCUGAACCUUCUCAGAUUGAUCCUGAUAAUAGAUUCAAGAGGAUCCAGAUCACUAAAACUGUUCCGACAAGAGACGACACGAAAAGUGUACUCAGAGUGGUUGAUCCCACUAAGACCAGUUGUUGCAGGGGUUCAGUCGGAAAUGGAGAAGGACGACAGCGAGGGUGCAAAUCAGAUGAUGUGCAUGUUAAAUCCUGUUCAACUGGUGCUUCACCGCUGCAUUGAGUUGGUGGAGGAAAAGAUGAAAGGUUCCUAAUGUUUUGAGGUUUCGCUCAUGUUGGUAGUGUUGAGUCAAUGAGUUGUGCAGGAAAUGAUGUGUUCAAUCAGCAGGAUUCAGAAUUGAACAUUACUAUCCUGAAUUGGAUAUGGCAUAUAGCCGUCCUUCUCUGUUAUUUUAUGCUGAAUUGCUGACCCAUUGCUUGAUAGUCUUCCCAGCUGUUGUUGUGUCCGGGAACUCCAGCCAGUACCGUUUUGUAACCAACAUGGCAACAUCUGCCCCUCUAUGUCUACCUUCGUUGCUGUCUUGCUGAGUACUGGGAUGUAAUGUACUCUUUCCCUUUUAUAAUUCUUGUCGAAAUAUUACAUGUA